UUGCAGUGUGAGUGUGUGUGUGUGUGUUCUUGUUCUCCCCCUUCUCUUUCGCUCUGAAGAGAUAGGCAGGGACGGGGUAGCUUAUUUUUAGCCGAGACGCCCGAAGUGCUCUCUCUCUCUCUCUCCCUCCCUCCCUCUGGCCACCCGGCGAUGGCGCUGGCCAAACUUCCACGGCUAGCCGUGCCGCCAGUACACGCCAGCGGUGCUGGGUUCGCUCAGGCGGAGCGGCAGGCUGCCGAGCGGCACCCAGCGACCGGCUCGGAGUGGCGGCGCUCGCAGGAGCGAGGGCGGUGCCUCUGGGCAGCCGUCGGAGCAGCCACUGCGGGCAUCUUGCAGAGGCGCAAGUCGCAGGACAGCCAGCCGCGAGUCAGGCUCUGCAUCUGCACCAGCGGCAGCGCCCUGGAGACCGAGCCCCUCGCGGCGGUGCCGGAGACCGCGUGGCCACUGCUGCGACGUGCCGAGCAGGCGGACCCGCAGUUCGGCUCGGGCGCCAUCGCCGAGGGGCUCGCCGGCUGGAGGCGUGCGCUGGAGGCCGGCCAGGUCUGGGAAGACGCCGCCGGCGCCCACUGGCCCCAGCGCUCGCUGCGGCAGCAGUGGGCCGAGGUCCUCGUGCAGUUGGGCUUGCCGCGCCUGACGAGGAGGUACCCGCAGCUCGUCGACCCGCUGCUCUACAGGCUCCUCGAGAUGGCCGUGCAAGUCGCGGAGGCAACGUUCGGCGCCGCCUCCGAGCAGUCGAACUCGAAGGGGGAGUCUCCACAGUGGUUCGCCGAGAUCUCCAACGGCGAGUGGGCCCAGCUGCAGGUCGGCGGUGCGCAAGCUUUCGUGGGUGUCUUCCUCCACCAGCGGCUGGACCAGCACACUGGGCCGCUGCUCCUGCUGGCCCCUGCUCUAGAGGUCGAGAUCAAGCUGGCCUCCCUGGUCAAGGCCCGUGAUGCGGCCGAGCGUGCUGAACGUGCCCAUGCUGAGGCUACGGGGUGGCAUUCCCUCGUCUCCGACGAGGUCAAGGAGGCCGUGGAGUACAAAGAAAACUUGGACGAGACGAACGCGCCGCUGGCGAACCUCCCCCUGCAGGUGCGGCGCCUCCCGCGGGUGGUGCAGAUGCCGCCGCAGGCGCGGAAGCCCAGUUCCGUCGACCUUGGGGGCAUUUCCUGGCAUUGGGCACAGGAAAACCUUCAUGAAAUCGCUGAAGGAGAACUGGACCAGUUCGUGCAGAAGUUCAACCGCGCCACCGCCCGCGUGGGCCUCGAUGGCCAAGCCUCGCAGCGCUACGGAGAGCUGGUGAGUAAGCAGGCAGCGCAGCGCGCUGCCAAGAAGGCCAGGCGUCUUGCGCCGCAUCAGAGCGCCCACGCUGCCGCGGCUCUCGGCCAGGCGGCAGCCGCCCAUCUCUCCGCCAUUCCCGAGGCGCCUUCAGGCCCAGCCAGCCAUGCGCAAGGUUUUAAACGCUAA